AUAAAUUGGAAGAGAAAGAUAAAUUCACAUUAAAGAGAAAAGAACAAUUUUAUUAUCUUAAAUCAGUGAAAAGUUUAUGUUGAGUACUGAUCAAGAAAGAAUUUAUGACAAUAUUUAAAUAUAGUAUGGCAGAAGUGGCAGCAAAUUUGAAAUCUAUCUGCGAUAAGAUAUCACAUGCUGCUACGAAAAGAGCACCGGGAUAUCAAUAUUGUGAACCGCGACUGGUAGCUGUUAGCAAAUUACAACCUCCUGACUCGAUAGUAUCCGCAUAUGAGGCUGGUCAAAGACACUUUGGUGAAAAUUAUGUAAAUGAGCUAAUGGAGAAGGCCUUCAGCUCACUGAUUAUUAAAAAUUGUAAACAAAUUCGAUGGCAUUUUAUAGGAAAUUUACAAAGGAAUAAAGUCAACAAGCUUUUAUGUAUACCAAAUUUAUAUGUCAUAGAAACUGUCUAUAGUGAAAGACUUGCAAAUGCACUCAAUAAUUCGUGGCCAAAAUUCCGAAAUAGUGAUAGUAGCAGCAAGUUAAAUGUCAUGGUACAAGUUAACACAAGUCAAGAAAAGGAAAAAAGUGGUUGUGAUGUUGCGCAAGUAUCAACCAUUGUAAAACACAUCGUAGAGAAUUGUUCUAAUUUGAAUUUUAUGGGUCUUAUGACAAUAGGAAUGUAUGGGUAUGAUAUUAAGAACGGACCAAAUCCUGAUUUUAUUUGUUUAAUGAAGUGCAGAGAAAAGAUACAUGAAGAAUUGGAAAUUGAUGUAAAAGAUAUCGAAUUAUCAAUGGGAAUGUCCAAUGAUUAUGAACACGCGAUUGAACUUGGCAGUACAAAUGUAAGAGUAGGAAGUGCCAUUUUUGGUGACAGACCACAAAAGAGUAAUUGAAAAGAUAUAAUAUAUCAAUUUAGCCUAAAAAAAAAUUAUCCUCAAGAAAAAAGGAUGUAACAUGAAUAGAGCUAUAUUUGUUUAUCUUGAAAUGCUCAGAUAUGUUUGUA